AUGGCUCUCAACACUCCACAAACAAUUCAAGACGCAUUGCACCGAUCAUCAGACUUCGUCGUAAACGAGGAGGAAAUGAAAAACUUGGACAAGCAGUACGAAGCAACGAAUGCAGCAAUCCGAAGCUCAAUUUUGCCGCGCCCCGCGAAGAAGGGCAACCCAUCGAACAACACAACAACGCAGAGCUCGGAUGAACCUAGAAGCGGAGGUGCCCAUAACUACCAGGUAGGCACCGGACGCGGAAGAGGAGAGCCGUGCAACAACACUUCGGUGAGAAAGUCCGCCAACUACGACGAGAAGGCUUUCUGCGAGUAUCACCAGACCUACGGGCACUCAACGGCUCAAUGCCAAACUUUAGGAGCAAAGCUCGCAGCUAAGAUGGCAGCGGGAGAGCUCCAAAACGCGGUCAACCUCAAAGACCUCGUCCCUAACGAACAACAAGAGAGAGCCGAGCCGAGCAGCGCGGCGGAACCCGCGAAUCCUCCCCGACGAGGCGAUAACUCCAAGCGCGACAGGAGAGGCGAACCUGAAGAGCGACCCGAGCCGAGGCAAAGGAUCAAUAUGAUCACGGGUGGAUCUCAAUACUACCAAGAUACCGUGUCCUCCAUCAAAGCCUAUCAGCGCAGAGCCAAAGCAAAGGAGAAUUUGACAGAAACAACCGACAUCCCAAACACAGUGAUCUCCUUCGCCGAGGAGGAAACUCAGGAUCAUGACAUAGCAAGGGUGCUCAUCGAUACUGGAAGCUCAGUGAAUGUCAUCUUCAGGGAAACACUCAGAAGAAUGGGAAUCGACCUCUCCGAGGUAGAAGCAAUCCCCAAACCUCUAACCGGAUUUUCAGGAGAAACAACGAAGACUAUGGGAACGAUCAGGCUUCCUGUGGUAGCUGGCGGAGUCACUAAGAUCGUCGAAUACUGCGUCACUGAUCACCCAGCAAUCUACAACGUGAUCAUGGGAACUCCAUGGAUCAACAGGAUGAGGGCGGUACCCUCCACCUAUCAUCUCUGUCUCAAAUUCCCAACUCCAUCGGGUGUCACAACGAUAUGGGGGAAUCAGAAGGAGUCAAGAAUGUGUUGCCUAGCCGAGCACAAGCUGAGGAACCCCAUCGCGGAGAACCGCAAAACACGCGCCGAACCGGUAUGCGACGCAGUGGACUCGGUGUGCAUAGACGAGGCGCGUCCGGAGCGAUGCGUCGAAAUUGGAACAAAACUAGAAGAGCCUCUGAGAAGCGAACUCCUUUCCCUCCUCAAGGAGAACAUCAACACUUUUGCCUUGACAGCAGAAGAUAUGCCAGGCAUAAGCAUCGACGUAACCUGUCACGAGCUGAAUGUGGAUCCGACCUUUAAGCCAGUCAAGCAGAAAAGAAGGAAGCUUGGCCCCGAACGAGAUAAAGCAGUUAACGACGAAGUCGAGAGGUUACUCAAAGUAGGAUCAAUCGCCGAGGCCAAAUAUCCGGACAGGCUCGCAAAUCCGGUGGUCGUGAAGAAGAAGAACGACAAGUGGCGAGUAUGUGUGGAUUUCACCGACCUCAACAAGGCGUGCCCAAAAGACAGCUUUCCCUUGCCACACAUCGACCGGCUCGUCGAAGCCACUACAGGGAAUAGACUGUUAACAUUUAUGGACGCGUUCUCCGGCUACACUCAGAUCCUGAUGCAUCCUGAUGAUCGGGAAAAAAUGGCAUUCAUAACUGAUCGCGGGAUAUACUGCUACAAACUCGGAAAAACCAUGGAAGUAUACAUCGACGACAUGUUAGUCAAAUCACUCAAGGAGGAAGACCACGUCGCGCAUCUACGGGAAUGCUUCGAACAAUUGAACAAGCACAACAUGAAACUAAACCCGGCGAAGUGCAGGUUCCUCGGCUAUCUGGUAACUCACCGAGGCAUAGAAGCAAACCCCAAGCAGAUCAAGGUGUUAAUUGAGAUGCCCUCUCCAAGGACGAAGCGCGAAGUGCAAAGGCUCACAGGAAGAGUCGCCGUUCUAAACAGGUUUAUUUCUCGUGCCACAGACAAAUGCCUGUCCUUCUACGACCCCCUCCGAGGAAACAAGAAAUUUGAGUGGGACGAACGAUGCGAGACGGCUUUCCAGGAAUUGAAGAAUUAUCUGGCGAGCCCACCAAUCUUAGGAAAACCAGUCGAAGGAGAGCCGCUCUUCCUCUACAUCGCAGUGUCUGCUACAGCUGUAAGCGGAGUGCUUAUCAGAGAAGAACGAUCCGAGCAAAAACCCAUUUUCUACAUCAGCCAGACACUGACCGACGCCGAGACCCGCUACCCCCAGAUCGAGAAGGUCGCCCUAGCCGUCGUAGUCUCGGCUCGCAAACUGCGCCCGUACUUUCAAUCACAUUCGAUUGUUGUGCUCGCUAUGCUUCCGAUGCGCUCGAUCCUACACAGCCCUAGCCAAUUCGGUCGGCUCGCCAAGUGGGCCAUAGAGCUAAGUGAAUACGACAUCGAGUAUCAGAACAGGUUGUCUGCAAAGUCACAGGUGCUCGCAGAUUUCCUCAUUGAAGUGUGGACGCUGCACGUCGACGGCUCGUCGUCUAAACACGGCUCGGGAAUAGGAAUCCGCCUCACCUCUCCCACCAGAGAAAUAUUGGAGCAGUCUUUUCACCUGAACUUCCACGCCUCGAACAACGAAGCGGAAUACGAAGCACUGAUCGGCGGCAUACGACUAGCACAGGGAAUCGGAGUUCGAAGGAUAAGAACCUUUUGCGAUUCACAGCUCGUAGCAUUCCCCGAGGAGAAAACACCUCGGCCGAUGCCUUGGCAGCACUCGCUUCGACCUCGGACCCAGACCCCUAGCAUCGAAGAGGUGGAAGGAGUUCGGCUGAUAAAUCCUCCUGAACAAGAACCAGAGGACGACGAAGCCAUUCCUAUGGAUGAAGACGCCUCACCGGCCGAGCCGGAGUAUGGCUGCGACAAAGAAUGGCUCGGAGCUAUCCUAGUGUAA